CAUCGUGGAAACGCAGCGUCUUGUCUGGUUGGCACGCGCGCACUUCGGGAAGCAAGUGCGCGCGCCUUGUUCGGUGAAAGCGAAAUCGUGCGCUCCACGUGAGGAGGCUGCGUCAAAGCCGCGCGCGCACGGUUGUUGUUGUUGUUGUUGUUGUGUUGUUGUUGGGGCUUUCUUCUUCUUCUUCUUCUUCUUCUUCCAGCUCUUACGCGGGUUGAAGUUUACCGAGACAACACGAAGGUCCGAGAGAAAAGCGAGUCUCUGCGAGGAGGAAAGUCGGCUGAGCAGCUCUGCCGCCUCACUGCCGGCCUAUAGAGGCGCGCGCCACGCACAACUACAAUACCCAUAGAUCACCGCGGCACGCCGCGUGACGUCAAAACUACUCACCCGGAAAGCUGAACAUGUGUGCGAUGAGAGGCGAGUGUGAGAGAGUAAACACCGAGGCGCCUGGUGUUUAACAGCCGCGCAGAGUUCCAUCUGCAGGCUAGACAGGAAAAAAAGAAGGCCAUCACAGUGUGGUGUUUGAAGCCCCUGAGAAAUCCUCAGCUCUGCUCUUCACUGAGGGAUGCUGGAGUGAAGUUAAAGCCUAUUAAGGCGGAUGAGCAACAGUGCUGCGAGCCCCAUGGCAGCCAGCAGCACCUCAGUGGCAGCGAGAGGAUCCGGAAAACCCAUCAGCUUCAUCCCAGAGCUGCAGAGCAUGAUGUUCGCGCUGGGUGAUUCUCGGAGACCCCUGCAUGAAACCGCCGCGCUCGUUGAAGACAUAGUGCACACGCAACUCAUCAAUAUGCUCCACCAGGCAGCCGAGGUGGCUCUCCUGCGAGGAGCCAGGGUCAUCUCACCAGAAGAUAUCAUCUUCCUUAUGAGGAAAGACAAGAAGAAAUUGCGAAGACUCCUUAAGUACAUGCAGUUUCGAGAUUACAAAUCCAAACUGAUGAAAACCCUCGACGAUGAAGAGCCACUGGACUCGGACAAAUUCUCCAGCAGUAGUGCCAAUAAGAGGCAGAAGCUGGCACUGGACUUCCUGGGCUCCAUCGACCAGACAGGGGAAUUCCUGACAAUGCUAGAGGACGAUGAGGUGGAUGAAGUCAAGCAGGAGAGGAUGGAGAGACUGGAAAAACAGACACGGAAUAUGGACUCGGCGCAGUAUGCUGAAUUUUGCGAGAGCCGACAACUGGGUUUUUCUAAGAAGCUCUCCAAAUUUCGUGAAUGGCUGGACUGCAGCAACCUGGACCUGAAGCCCAAUGGGGUCUCCAUGGAGAUCCUGUCAUAUCUGGCCUAUGAAACAGUUGCCCAGAUUGUUGAUCUUGCCCUGUUGGUUAAACAAGACAUGAUCCCCAAAACAGGUGACCCGUUCAGCCAUGCCAUAUCAGCCACUUUUCUGCAGUACCACAGCUCCAGUGCUGAGGCCUCAUCUGCUAAAAGAGAGAUGGAUUCUCCAGAGAACACACCUCCUUCCACGCCAAGCUCGGGUCAUCAGGCCAAACUGCACUCCAUGAACCAGGGCAAUGGCACACUCUCUCAGGACUCCAGCAGCAAGAGCAAACAGCGCAAGAGGAAGAAGAGCGCAGCAGCGUGUGGCGCGGAGGCUCAGAGCAGUGCCAUCCAGCCCGGCCACAUCAGAGAGGCCAUCAGGCGCUACAGCCACAAGAUUGGCCCACUCUCCCCCUUCUCAAGCGCCUACCGUCCGAGCGGCAUGACUUUCCUGGCCUGCUGAAGGGGAGCGACAGCAUAAUGGAGGGAUGCAGAAGAGGAGUGCCAUGUGCGUCGUAGAGCUUCUUUCUCACCUCAUCUGUCCAUCCCCUGCUGAAGCUCAGGCUGAGAGCAGCACUGCACGUUCAUCUCUUUAACUCUCCGGCUAGCGGUGCUCACUUCCACUGGGAAACUGUAAAACACGCAACAGAGCGUUUAACUGGUGCCUGUUUACAUCCAGCAGCAGCAGUUUUUCACUCCCUUUAAUUAUUCACAUAUUCCACCAAGUAUGCCUGAUGUUCUUAUUGCCAGGCAUCACUUUCUGAUUUUUGUUACAUUAUGAAGUCAUUUUUGUUCUUUUUGAGACAGUAAUUACAGAAUGGAUCGUAUAGUGUUCCAGUUGUAUGCAUCGUGAUCGUUUUUCAUGACUGGACGUACUGUCGUAGGUCUCUUUUACUUGAAACAAUUAUUUGUAGCCUAGUCACUUUGAAAAUAUACAAAUAAAUGAUGUUUAUUGCUUCUGA